AUUGUACGGCGGCCCGCUUGAAUCAAGAGGCUUCCAGACAUAAACCAUGCUGCAGGUUGCGUUAGUUUGGCAUUAAAUUGGACCUAAUCGGGUAUUUAAACCACUUUUCCGGGAACUGCGGGGCUGAUUUUCGGCUAAUACUAUGAUUUAGUUUCAGUUCUCCAUCAGCCGUUAGCGCUCUGAGUCAGAGUGGAUCGGUACCAGCACAAACUGGGUUUGUUUGGCUUUGUGUUCUCAGCUGGAGCUAGCUUAGCGCUGCUAGCUGUCUGUGGACAUGGGGGACGUGUUGGAUCCACGGGUUGUGGAGAGGGCGAAAAGCUUCUGGGCGGAGAAGGACGUGGAGCAGGUUUUCACCGGGGUCUUCCAGUACCUGGACCACCUGAAGCAGGCCCUGCAGAAGAAGACGGCUCUAGAUAAAGAGUUCGUCCAGGCCCAGAGGCUGCUGGAAUGUCUGGACUGCGUUCCCCUCGGGUCUCCUCCGGACCAAGACUCCUCCGUGGUCCAGGUGGUCAUCGGUUCAGGAGGGCUGCUGCCGGCUCACUUCAAUGGACUGUCGCCCCCUGCUGGCAGAGAGGAGCUGCUGCCUCCGCUGGCGCCGGUCCAGCUGCAGUAUCACCCUCACCCCUGCUGCAAGGCCUGCCUGCCAGGGUUACCCAGAACCCCCCAGUCCAGCUCGCUGCUAUACACCCAGAACCCGCUGAAGGUGCCGCUGCUGUGCGGCUUCAAGAGGCUGAGCGCCAUGCCUCUGGUGUCCCAGACCGACACCGGCCCGGACGGCUUGGACACGGCGGUUGCUGGGGGCAACUGGGAUGUCAUCUACAAGACGCCGUGCGGGCAGAGCCUCAGGAACUUCCAGGACGUCGAGUCCUUCCUGUCGGCGACGGAGAGCCACGAUGUCCUGCAGGUAGACUUCUUCACCUUCAACCACGUGGUGCAGCUGGACCCGGUCCCUCAGGACCGGGUCCAGCUGCGGGAUCAGCCAUGGCCCGACCUGAGCCGGGGGGCGGAGCCUGUUCCCGUGGAGCUGGUGGUGGAGAAGGGUCGGGCCCGGCCCGCGGGCUUCCGGUACCGGAAGGACCGCUGGCCGCACGGCUGCUUUCUGAGCCGUGGUGCUGCGCUGUUCGACGCCUGCUGCGACUGCAACGACGGCUGCAGUGACGCGCAGCUCUGUGCCUGCGUCGCCAUGACGACCGGGGGGCGGGGCUACAGCUACCAGCGGCUGCUGGAGCCGGUCCAAUCAGGCCUGUUUGAGUGCGGUCCGUGGUGCGGCUGCGACCGGGCCCGCUGCCAGAACCGGCUGGUCCAAAGAGGGGUCAGAGUUCGCCUCCAAGUCUUUGAGACUGAGGACCGGGGCUGGGGGGUCCGUUGCCGUGACGACCUUGACCGAGGAACGUUCGUCUGCGUCUACGCAGGUGUGGUUCUGCAGCGGGCCCGCAGCCCCACGGAGCCGCUGCCCCCCAAGCUGACCCGGGCCGAGCUGCCGUCCGACGACGAGGUGGAGGUCGUCACAGAGUGGCUGGCCCCGCCCAUCCUGGAGGCGCGCAGCGACUUGCUAGAGGCCUCGCCCCCUCCGCCAGGCUCCACCGCCUCCACGCAGCACGUCCCGGUGAUCCAGAGACCCGGCGAGUCCAGCGGCGCCUCUCAGAACCACGACCAGGUCGGAGGCCUGUUUGAGGUGAGGGUUGCCGUGGCGAUGGACAGCCAGGAGGACGGCAGCCCGACGAGCUUCAAACGACGAGCAGAGAGAGAAGAAGUCUGCUUCAUCGACGCCAGCAAGGAGGGAAACGUCGGGCGCUUCAUCAAUCACAGCUGCCAGCCCAACCUGUUCAUCCAGAACGUCUUCACGGACUCCCAUGAUCCCGCCUUCCCCGUCAUCGCCUUCUUCACCAACAGGGUGGUGAAAGCCGGCACUGAGCUCACCUGGAACUACUCCUCUGAUGCUCACACCUCCAGCUCAAAGCAGGAACAGGAAGUGCCUUGUCUCUGCCGUAGCAACGGUUGCCAGGGAUGGCUCCACCUGGAGGAGCAGCUGUGUGAUGUCUGUGCAGCUGAAGGUCCCGGAGGGACGGAGGAAAACUGAUUUACGCUGCAAUUUCUUACUGGUUUCUAAUCUAAAUGUGUUAUCUUUUGAAUUUAAAAUCUGUUUGAACUUAUUUGUUAUUUAAAACAUUGUGCAAUUAAAAAUAUUUUAAUAAAGUA